AAAAGAAGUGAAGCAGUUGGAAGAGUUACGUAGCGAAGUAUCACAGAGAGAAUUAGUUUACAGAAGCUGAGCAGAGCAGAGUAGGAGGGUUUUUUACCUUACAUAUGGAUUGGAGUCAAAAUGGUGCCAUGAGUUCCUAUGAAAUACUGACCUAACAGGAACCAAGAGGAAGAGAGGAAGUGGAAAAGAAGGGUGAAACUAACCAGGAGUUCUCAGGAGAGAAGGACGAAAGAGCAUGUUGAAUUUCUUAAGCUAAAGGAGGGACAAUGAGACUUACCUGUAGAUGCUUGCAAUCUGAUCAAUAUGAGGGAGUGUAGAUUUUGCUACACACAGAGGAAGAUCUGUAAUGGAGCGUCCAGACUGCUGAAAUACCUGUCAAAAGCCUGGUGGACUUGACAUCAAAAAGUGAAACCUGGUAGGGCAGGGGGAGGAAGGAAAAAGGAUAUGUUUGAGGCAAAACAGACAAUAGACGAUAAAGCAAAGGAGAUGAUAAGGAAGGCAAUUAAAUGAAAGGAGUCCUAGAAACAGGAGGCUAGAUUUGAGAGUCAAUUGAGAAGUAAAGCUUAAGAGUUAAAGGAGGCAGAGAUAAAAAUAAACACUACUAUCAGAAAAAGAAGAGAAAGGUAAGACAAAGGCAGAGACUGAUCCAAGAGAGUAGAAGUCUAGAUUGUUCCACAGGAUACGUGUCAGUGUUUAGAGAUCUACCGAAAGAAGCUGUAGUCAUGAUGUUCAUAAACUUCCGUCGUAUUCGCAAGUGCCAGUGUGUGCAGCUGCUGACCACAGGCCUGGUGCUGUGUGUGGUGAUGGUCUGCUGGGAGGAGCUGGACCACCACGUGGUCAGCCACAUGAAAUCGUACACGUACCGCUACCUGGUCAACAGCUACACGUUUCUCAAUUCCUCAUUCGCCAUGACCAACAACCAUCACCACAGAAAGGAUGGUGGGUUAGUGAACUAUCCAUACCUGAUCAACCGUCCAGGAAAAUGUGGCGGUGAAGAUGGGAAAAGCUGGGAAGAUGUCCUCCUGCUUCUGUUUGUGAAGUCAUCGCCAGAGAACUUUGAGCGACGCCAGGCCAUCAGGGAUACAUGGGGGAACGAGAGUUUCGUGUGGUCAGAACUGGGGGCGAGUGUGAGGAUGGUGUUUGCACUCGGCGUGCACCCAGAUGAUGAGCGGAGAUCAAGGGUGCAGAGCAAGCUGCUGCAAGAGGACCAGGCCUACGGAGACCUGAUCCAACAGAACUUUUUCGACACCUUCCACAACUUGACUACCAAACUGAUUCUGCAGUUCCACUGGGUCCACAAGUACUGCCCUCAGGCACGCUUCCUCAUGUCCGCGGAUGAUGACAUCUUCGUCCACAUGCCCAAUUUGGUGAAAUACCUGCGACAGCUCCUGAGUGGACAAUCACAGGGCAAAGGCCUGUGGGUGGGUCAUGUACACAGAGGAUCCCCACCGAUUCGCCGUAAACAAAGCAAAUACCACGUUCCAUAUGAUCUGUACCCGUGGCCUUCUUACCCAGAUUACACUUCUGGAGCGGGUUAUGUGGUUUCAGGUGAUGUGGUCGCUAAGAUCUACCAUGCUACUCUGGUGCUGAACUCCUCCAUGUACAUCGACGAUGUCUUCAUGGGAAUUUGUGCCAAGGCCAUGGGCGUCUCUCCCCAGGAGCAUGUGUACUUUUCAGGGGAGGGCAAGGCUCCCUACCACCCCUGCAUCUAUGAUUACAUGAUCACAUCGCACGGUCACUCCACAGAUGUGCGCUCACUAUGGCAGGCAGCAAUAAACCCUACAGUGCACAGCAACUCCAGAGGAUUCAUGGGUAAUUUGUACUGCACAACAGUGAGAGUGAUGUUGCUGUGUCUGCCAUAUUACCAGAACACAUACUCGUGUAUGGCUGCGUUUACAUAAAUGGUCUUGAGGUGAUGCAUGCUGCUCCAUGCUAAAUGUACCACACAAACAAAUGACAUUUCCUCCUAGUCUGCCAUUUUCUUCCUUUCAUGUUAUG